AUUAACAUUGACUUUUGUUUGACGUGGCAGCCAUGUAGAUGCCACGUCAAUGACACCUCAUAUUUUUAAUGAAAAAUUAAAUAAACAAAUAAAAAAUAAUAGAGUAUUAUAAAAAAUAAAAAAGAAACCCUCAUAAGCUUUCAUCUUCUUCUUCUAAUCAAAUUUCGCCGAGGAAGAAGGGAACGGAGGCGGCAUUCUCGUCUUCCUCUCCUCCACACUCACCGGCUUGACAGUUCAAAGCGGGGGCUAGUCGUGAUGGAAAGACGAAGUGGAGGCAUUCUCGUCUUCCUCUCCGCCACUCCCAAUUGCAAACCCCCCAAUCCUUCCAAUACCACGACUCCACCGCCGCCCUCGCCUCCUCGUUCCCUUCCAUACUACGACUCCACCGCCGCCCUCACCUCCUCGACUCCACCGCCUCCCAUGACUCCAUCCUCUGUCGUCCCUUUCCUCCGCUUCUCUUCCCACUGACCUUAAUCAUCUCCUCCCAGAAUCGAUUCUAGAAAAAAAAUCUCUUGAUUCAAGAUUUAUCGAGCUAGAAACAGACCAACCCUCUCUUCAUUCAAGAUUUAUCGAGCUUAAAACAGUCCAACCCGUUCUGCGGGCUACUAUUUCGCUGGCACCAUCAGAAUCAAUCUCCCAGAUCUUAUCUUGUCCAAAGCUUUCGUCGUUCGUCUAGGCAAAUUAAUCGAGAACUUCUCUCAAACGCGAAUUUGGGGAUAAGACAGGUCGGCCCCUCAAACGACCUUCUACCCCUUGUUUCAUGCGAUCGUCGCCGGUUUCAGAAAUCACAGUUAGAUCUAGAUCUUCGACAGUGCUCAAAAACCUUAACACAAACUCCGCCGGAAAGGCUUGCUGUGGGUAGCGAUCUCAGAGCUCACCCUACGAACUCAGCAGCGGCGGCAGGUAGAUGGUCGACUGGCGUGGUUUGAGGGAAGGCGUCUGCUCUUGAGUGAAUUCGCCUAUAGCAAGUGGACGAUCGGCUACUUCUUCCGGUGAAUCGACAUUGAAGCACAAGCUUCCGCUCUGAUUUCCCCUGUCUAAUUCUCUCUUUCUCUCUCUUUCGGCGGAAUACAGGAGGGUUACGGGG